AUGGAAUUAUUUACUGUGUCACAGAUCCCUGUGUUCCGGGGAGCCUGCAGUUCCCUCCUUGGAGAGAGGUUAAAUGCUUCAAUGUACCAUGGCAAGGAUGGCCUGGGGGAUGUUCCAGACUCAAACGCUCCAGGGAGGGGGAACACAACAGUUUGUGGAGAGUUUAACUAUAACCCAGAAGCAGCUUCCAUUGUUCUGAAUCAGUUUGUAUGUCCAAUUUAUAUAGUCAUGUGGGAAUAUUGUUUACAUCACUCUCUGCCUUGGGAGUGUUUUCAUGAAUGGAUAAAUCAAGGCACAGAGAAGGCCCGUUUCAUGAAGAAGAUAACAGAACAUGUUGGAAAAUACACUAAAGUCAAGCAAGGUGAUAAAGAAAUGCAUACUCAAACAGCGUUUGUGUCCUGCGAUUCUUUUGCAGUGACUGCGGCUAUUGAGAGUGUUGUUACUGAAUACACGCAGUGCAAUGUAAAUGUGGAGUUACAGGGAGCACUGACCAGAGGGCUGAUGGUCCUGGCUACACUCGGCCUUCAGAAAAAACAAAAUCGAGCCAUUGUUAUGAUGAAAUAUGAUAUUGACAAAUUCAAACAAUAUUUGAUGUCUGUUCUGAAAUAG